CCCUCCGUCUCCCUCGCAUCCCUCGACGCAAUCUUCUCCUCGUUCGCCUCCCCAACCGACCCCUCCGAAACCGACAUCGACGGCACAAUCCGCUACUGCCAAGCCCUCAGCCUCGACCCCGAAGACCCCGUAACCCUCGUCCUCUCCUAUCAGUUGAAUGCACCCUCAAUGGGAAUCUUCUCAAGGAGUCGGUUUGUGGAUGGGUGGAGUCAGUUACGGGUGGAUACGAUUGAGGGGAUGAGGAGUGUUGUCGAGGGGUUGAGGGCGACGUGGGAGAGUGGGGAUGAGCAGUUGUUUAAGAGGGUGUAUAUGUUCACAUACAACUACGCCCGAACACCAGGCCAGAAAUCCAUUUCCCUCGAAGUCGCGAUAGCAUACUGGACCCUCCUCCUCUCACCCCCGCGCUUCCACCAUUUGGAUUUUUGGAUCCAAUUCCUCCAAGAAACGCGACCAGAAAAGACGGUACCGAAGGAUACGUGGAAUUUGUUGUAUGAUUUUGCCAAGAAUGUUGAUGCGGAUUUUGGGAAUUAUGAUGAGGAUGGGGCGUGGCCGGUUACGUUGGAUGAAUUUGUGGAGUGGAUGAGGGGGAGGGGAAAUAAGAUGGCGGAGUGA